AUGACGUACGCAGGUGGUGAUGGUAAUGGUGGUAGUGUUGAUGGUGGUGGUGAUGGUGAUAGUGGUGAUGGUGGUGAUGGUGGUGGUGGUGAUGCUUAUGGUGGUGGAGGUGAUAGUGGUGGUGAUGGUGGUGGUGGUGAUGAUGAUGAUGGUGGUGGAGGUGAUAAUGGUGGUGGUGGUGGUGAUGAUGAUGAUGGUGGAGGUGAUGGUUAUGGUGGUUGUGGUGAUGGUGGUGAUGGUGGUGGUGGUGAUGGUGGUGGAGGUGAUAGUGGUGGUGAUGGUGGUGAUGGUGGUGGAGGUGAUAGUAGUAUUGGUGGUGAUGGUGGUGGAG